AUGAAUGUCCAUCAAGUGGACAGGUGGGGGGAAACCCCCAUGUUUUAUGCGAUGGAAGCCAAGAAGACCGAGACGGUCAUAUACCUGCUGAAGAAGGGUGCGUCGCUCGGGGUGAACAACCACAACUUCGAGUCGCCAGAGAGCCUUGCACCGGUGGAGGUGGCUCGCGAGCUGCAGGUCCGGAUGAAGGAGUGGGCCGAGCCCUCAAAGGCUCCGGAGCGGUCGGGAGACACAAAGAAGAGAAAGAGGCCGGAUGAGGAGGAGGUUGAGGAGCAAGGAUCAGCCGCAGAGGGACCCCGUGCGCUGCAGGAAUGGGCGGCAAAGCCCGCGAAGUUGCCGCGGAACUGGAAGACCCAGUUGGCUCGGGAGAAGCUCAAAGGAGAGCCAAAAGUCAUCGCUGACACGUUUACACACAAGGUGACACUGGUGACCAGCGACGCCCUGGAGGAGGUCCGCCUGCUGGAAAAGACGCUCGUGGCGGACCAGGCUGUCCUGUUCAAGAAGAAGCUGUUCGUCCGGGCGUGCAGGGCGGCCGACUUCUGCUUAGCACUGGGAGCCUAUGAGAAGGAUGGCCAGUUUUUUGCUGAAUACUCUCACAUUGUCGCGAAUCGCGGCAAAGUUGGCUCUCUCGUGCUGGUGGCUCGGGACAAAAUGACCGGGCGCAUCGUAGGCUUCGUCCAUGCGGAAAAGGGCAAAAAAGAGCUGCUGAUUGGCCAUCUCAAGGUGCACAAUGACCAUCAGGGCAAAGGCGUAGGAACGCUGUUGAUCCGCGCUGCCGAGGCUCAGGCGUUGACCGCAGGAUGGACUUUCGACUCCGUGGCAGUACGUGUCCUAUACGUGAACUCGCCAGCGCAGCAGAAAUUUUUCCGAAUGGGUUUCGACAUCCACGACGAGCCGGCACCCGAGACGACAAUGAGCAUGCUCUCGAUGUGCGUGAAGAUGGUCCGCCGUGCUCAGCAUGCCCCUGAAGCGCCAAAGGAGAAGAUCAAGAUCGAGCCAUAUGUGCAAACGGCUUUGGCGCCGUGGCACUACAAGGGGCUGCGCGUGAGAAAAACGAUCCGGUGCUGCCGCAUGGUGGAGCCUCCUAAACGGGAUGAUGACUCCGCGACGGAUCCGGAGAUGCCUGAGUUGAUCCCGGUCACGCCGAAUUGGUUGUACUCACCGUCUCCUGAAGAAUUUGUCCAGGUUCAGGGCAUCGACUUUUGA